GCUUUAUACCAAAUCUGCAUCAGAUGCAGCAGUGUUUUUGCACUUGCGCACAUAUUCGUUCCGCACCCGUGGAUGCUCAUAAACUUCCGAUGCGGGGUCCCCACUAAUCCCAUCGGCGUUUUUCCACAAUGUCAUCCAACAACAACAACAGUUUGGAAAUCACUAAUUUGGAUAGCCUGCGUGAUCCAUCGGGAAUUUUUUCACUCAUUGAGGUGGUUGGAAAGGGCACCUAUGGCAAUGUGUACAAAGGUCGGCACACACGUACCGGACAGCUUGCAGCGAUCAAGGUGAUGCCCAUCACGGAGGAGGAUGAGGAGGAGAUCAUUUUGGAAAUCAACACGCUUCGAAAGCUUUCCAAUCACCGCAAUAUCGCCACUUACUACGGUGCUUUCAUCAAGAAAACCUCACCUCAGGACCACCUUUGGCUGGUGAUGGAGUAUUGCGGUGCGGGCUCAGUGACGGAUCUAGUUAAAAGCACUCGAGGACAGUCUCUCAAGGAGGAUUGGAUCGCUUACAUCAGUCGCGAAAUCCUACGCGGUUUGGUCCAUCUGCACGCCAAUCGGGUUAUCCAUCGAGAUAUCAAAGGGCAAAACGUGCUCCUCACUGAUAAUGCCGAGGUCAAGUUGGUGGACUUUGGUGUCAGCGCGCAGUUGGACAAGACGUUUGGCAAGCGAAAUACUUUCAUUGGUACCCCGUAUUGGAUGGCGCCAGAAGUAAUCCAUUGCGAACAGGAUUCGAGUUGUACAUACGACACCAGAUCCGAUCUUUGGUCUCUGGGCAUCACCGCGAUCGAGAUGGCCGAAGGUAGGCCACCACUUUGUGAAAUGCACCCAAUGCGUGCAUUGUUCCUAAUCAUGCGGAAUCCGCCCCCCAGACUGAAACAGUCGCCCACCGGAUCUCGUCACUGGUCGUCUCGUUUCCAUGACUUUACCAACAAGUGUCUGACCAAGGAUUACACCAAACGUCCCAAUACAAACGACCUACUCCGUCACGACUUCAUCACAAACUUGCCCAAUGAACGUCAGGUCCGUAUUCAGCUUAAAGAUCACAUCGACAGGCACAAGCGGAGUAGACGUCCUGAGGAACGCGAACAGGUGUAUGAGUACGAGGGAAGCGACGAGGACGAAGAUGAUGCUGGUGCCGCGGCUGCAGCGGUUGCACUGUCUGCCGCCGCCGCCGCUGGCUGUCCGGCUGGCGCUCCUCGAGUUGUACCUCCUACAGUGGGACAAGUUUCGGCUGCCUCCCGUCCGUCGUCUGCUAUCGCUGACAGAGAUCAGCGGUCCUCGGUGCGUUCCGGCGAUUUCAUCCCUCCAAAUCCUCCCAUUACCAGUGGGUUUAAUGCGCGCGGUCUGGCGAAUGUUGGCAAAGGACUGGUCCACAAUGAUGUCAAUCGUCAAUACCGCCGCGGUGCCAAGUCCCCUAUUCGGAACACCAAGUUGAUGAGUGUUGAAGAAGACGACUCGUCUAUUAGUGCUACAGUCGAGCAUGGCGAAAAUACACUGCGCCAAAACUUUGCUAAGCUGCAAGCACACGAGCGCUCCUCAGGUGUUGGCGCCGCUUCGAUCCUUUCCCCCACUUCAAUCGCCAGCGCGCAUUCCUCCGCACAACCGGUGCAAUCGGCGCAUCACUUCCCUCAGCAUUUCCGAAAUCCAAAACCCCGUGGCUCCCUGUCCAUUCGGUCUUCCCAGCCACAACAUCAACCCAAACUAGGCGUCUCCGGAGCAGGUGUCCGUGCCUCCGUGCCCAACUCUGGUCAUCCACCGUCAUCUUCCAUUAUGCAUACCACUGAGCACGUUUCGGAGGCACCAUCUACUGGGAACCACCAGCACCACUACCCCUUGCAUCAGCACAAGUCAGCCAUGAUCCCCCCGAAUGCUGCUACCAAUGUUGCUUUCACUGAGUCCCCACCUCCACCAUUCGCGCCCCCACAAUUGCCAUCCUCCCGUGUUGUUGCAUUUGCCCCGACGGAUGGGGGAUCCGGUGCACCCUCUCCGUUUCGAACCAAAAUGCUUCACCCCGGUCCACCUCCGGUUCCCUUGCAUCAUCAGCACGUACGAAUUGGCCACAAUGGCGCUCCGCCAUCAUCGUCGCCAUCAGCCCACGUCCAUUCCCGUGUGAGCAACGGCGAUGUGUCCGCAGCCCCUUCUUCCGCUAUCAUCAGCUCACGAAAUCAGCAUAUCGUCGCACCACGAUUCCCCUCCGCUCGGUCUAGUGAUCACGCUCCACAACAUAUUGAUUUACGAAAACCGCCCUUGGAUUCCGCACUUCCCCAGUCCUCCUUGUCUUCCGGGGCUUCCGCUUUCCCUGCCAGAGGUGUAAGCGUGUCCGCUUGCAGCUCCUCUUUCACACCACCAAUCUCUUCCUCCUCCGCUUUGUCUUCUCGUCCUCAUGUUUCGGCUCCGAUCAUAGAGGAAUCGCAUCCUGCACACGCUCGGUCGAAGCGGGUGCCAACUCCAUCAUCUGUUGCUGAAAACGCAGACCGACCGGGCAACUCUUAUGGGGCAUCUAGGUUUGUCGGAAAGUCAUCAAAAUCCACCGCUUCACAUCCACAGCUUACGACCAAAUCCCAGGAGUUGGACGAGCUGGCGGCACAACUUACACACCUUGGUUCCGUGUCUCCUGCUCUUAAUCGUCCGGUGACAGGUGACAAGGGCUCUUUAGCGAUCCAACCUCACGUGGAACAGAACGGAGGGCAGCAGAGUAGUACUAAUCUGGGUGUUUUAACUAAGUGUUCCUUAUCGAAUGAUUUCAGUGGAAACGAGCUUCAUCCCAGUCCGAAGUCUUUGCCCCGUUCCAAUUCGUCCUCAUCUGAUGGAAACGGGAUGCAACCCCAGGUGGAAAAAACAAACAGCAACUCUGUCGCUUCCUCAUCCUCCGGUAGUGGUUCUCGAUCAUCGGGCUCCAGAGAGUUCCAAUCGUCCAGUUGUUCAUCCGCAUCAACUACCUCCUCUUUUGAUUCGACAUGUAGCAAAGAUCUAGAGAGGUCCAGCGCACAUGACAAAUCAUCAGUGGAGCCUGAUCCACGCCGUCUGACCGUUGUGGAAAACGUCGCUUUUGGUGGUGACAAGACCGUAGGCAGCGAUGAAGAAGUCGAAGUUUGGGAUACUAGAACGCCGUAUACGCAUGAAAGCACCGGGCUAGAGUCCCAGCCAAGCGUUCCUGACGAAGAGGAUGAUGAUGAUGGUGACGUUGUAGUGGUUGCCGAUGACGGCGAAAUCGGAGCGGAUCUAGAGGAAACCGCACAGAUAAAAGCCACCCUAUCCGUCGUUCGCAGGGGCAAUCAUUUGAUUGUUGGAAAUGGACCAGCUAAACACGAGGCCCCCAACGACCAACCAGUAUGCAUAAAACAGAGCGACUCAUUCACCCCAUCAUCCAACGAAACAGCUAGUGUGCUAGACUCCGGGACACUUUCGUCUUCCUCGGUGCAUAUCUCACAGAGCCGUCCUUUACACCGGACAUCGGUGCCGCCCCCACUGCCACCGCGCUUGCGAUGCCUUUAUACGGAGGAGGCGCACGCGCGCGCCCCUCCGUGCCGUCCGCAAAGUGUGUUUUAUUCCCCACCAGCUCAUAUGGCUGUUCCCCGACACCGCGUACACUCACCUUUGCGAACGUCUGCUCGGAGGUAUUCCGUUCCCGGGAUCUCCCUAUCUAGGCUGUCCGAUGAAUUCACCAAAGAGACCUUAAGCAGUUUGGCAUGCAUCGCGGAAGCCUCCGGCGCCUCGGCCGCUUCGAAAUGGAGCACAGCAUUACCUCCGACUUCAGAGCAAGCGGAACACUCACCUAAACCAGAUGUUCCCAUCCCCGCAUCCAAGAAUAAUGCAUUCUUCAGCCCUGCUCACACUUCCGUAAACCCAACUGGCGAAGCGGUUGCUAGGCUUCGGUCCCAACCAGAAGUCUCUGAUGCCGCCCUCGAUCGGAAUAGGACUGGUGUCGUUAGCUCAACCAAUGCUCUGAAUGGAUCACCAAGAUGGCAUGGUGUCAUCCCUCGCAACUUGUCCAAUUCUGGCAUGAAGAACGGUCUCCAAGUGACGUAUCCGAACAGAACAGAUCAGUCUGCAGCAUCUGCAGUUCCUUGGGGAUUGCCGGGUUCCGUGUUACACGAUCCUACCCGACUGAGUCCCGCCACGCCUUCAGACGCGAACCCCCAUCAAUCUAGAGCACAGGUCGAUAUCCGGCUAAGUCAACACUCUGUUUCUGUGAUUCCGGCGAGUAUUCCUUCCAGCGCGAUCAUUCUGAGUAAUGUCAACAUUCCCGCUCAUCAGGUGACCCCGGUCAAUCCUGGUGUGAACGCGGCUGGAGACGAGGCUCCAGAGAUACAAGUGUACAAAAAGCGUUUUAGCUCCGAGAUUCUCUGUGCUGCAUUAUGGGGCGUAAAUCUGUUGAUCGGUCUGGAGGGUGGAUUGUCUUUGCUGGACAGAAGUGGCGAAGGAAGAGUAUACACACUGAUCACCCGACGUCGGUUCUCGCAAAUGGCGGUGUUAGAAGGCCAAAACAUAUUGGUUACCAUAUCUGGCCGUAAGCACCGGCUCCGUGUCUACUAUCUCUCUUGGCUCCGAAGUAAAAUCAUGAAAACCGAGGGGUGCGACAAGAAAAACGGAUGGGUAAAUGUCGGUGAAAAUCUCCAAGGCGCCGUUCAUUUUAAAAUCGUGAGGUACGAGAACAUCAAGUUUCUUCUCGUCGCCCUGCGAGAUUCGGUCGGUAUUUAUGCAUGGGCUCCUCGGCCGUAUCACAAAUUCAUGGAAUUCAAGCGUUUCUCCGAACUCAAGCACCGUCCCCUUCUUGUCGACUUGACCGUGGAAGAGAAUCAGCGAUUGAAGGUCAUUUACGGAUCCGCGGAAGGUUUUCACGCUAUUGAUUUGGACUCCAAUGAGGUGUUCGACCUUUACAUCCCCUCCACAACAAGUUCUCAGAUCACUCCACACUGCAUUGUGGUUCUGCCAAACACAGCCGGAUUGCAGCUUCUUCUUUGCUAUGACACCGAGGGUGUCUAUGUGGACACUUCUGGCAAGCUAACCAAGAAUGUGGUCAUCCAGUGGGGUGAGGUCCCCACCUCCGUUGCCUACAUCUCGACCGGGCAGCUCCUCGGGUGGGGCUUGAAGGCGAUUGAAGUGCGUUCUGCGGAGACUGGCCACUUGGAUGGCGUUUUCAUGCACAAACGGGAACAGAAGUUCAAAUUUUUGUGCGAGCGGAAUGACAAGGUUUUCUUCUCAAACACCCGAUCCGGUCCACCCCAAGUGUCAAUGAUGACGCUCAGUGGUAUCCAUUGGUAGCUCUCCGCAACUUCCUCUGAUCCCCUAUCCCACAACCAAUCGUGCCACCGGACUCUUCCAAUCCCGUGUAACAGAUCCACAUUUACUACAGUUAUAGACGCGCGCGCCUAGGAUGAUUUUAUCAACGCCCCACCUCUUUGGAGUACAUCUUUUUCGUAUAUAUGGACAAUGUAAUAGUAUUUAUUCUCUGCUGCACGACCGAAAUCCGUUUCGCUUCACGCGAGUGGUCACAUGUUUUUCAGCCACCCUACACACACACACACACCACCAGAUCCAGAUCAGGUCGGCUUUCUUCAUAUCGAUUUUUGCGAUGUUGCUCGCAGCCUAUCUUCCCCCACUGUCCAAUUAACGUAGUUGCCAUAUUGAUGAUCAUUUCCGUAAUUGCAUUUUGCAUGCAACACCGGCUUAGAGGUUCCCUCUGUUGGUUACACUGGGCGCAUAAUCCUCUCCGAUGCACACUCAAACAAACCGCGCUCCGUUUCCGGAACAUGGGUGGUUGUCUGAGUUUCGAUCGUGCGUAAUCGACUCUCACGAUUAUACACCCGUGUGUGUAUUCUCAGCACAGUUCCCUCGCCUCUACUAUCGCUUCGUAUCCGGGUCCCCAUGUCCGAUUUCAGUUAUCCCCCCCACUCCACAAACUUCCGGAGAAUGUGCAUACAGUUACCCAUGUUAUUUUCAAUUAUCCCGGUCUCCCCCACGCCGGAUACACACACACAAACGUUAAGCACUCCUUUGACAAUCUACCUUGCUCGACCUUCGCUUGCAAUAUGUGUUACUGAGUGCAUGACAGCAGUGGUUUUGAGCCAAUCUGUGCGAUCUCUUUCUUCUAGAUUCCUUGGAAUCUGUUUUGUGCGCGUGAUUUGUACAGCAAAUAAACGACUUACUAUG